GCUUGGACAAAGUAGUCAACAAGUCAACAUUUUCACAUACAGUUUACAUCAAAAAUAAAAAAAAUAUUUAACUAUAAAUAUAACAUCUAAAUAUAUACAUAUAUAUAUAUAUAUAGAAAACAUAUAUCUACGCGAAACGAUGAGGAAAAGUGGCACAUCAUCGAACGGUAGGGGAACUCCGACCAAUGGCUAUCAACAAAAGAUGGUCAAUAUGAACGAGGAGGAGAAGGAUCCUGAAUCACAUCGCGCUUAUGGCAUGAUGAAAACCCGACUGUCGCACACACCGUUUCCGCAACACGCCAAGCCCAUCGAUAUGGUUUCCCUCGCGGCCAAAUUGGAGGAGGAAAAGAAACAGGCGAGGGUCUCAAUAAGUUCAAGCAACAUUUUUAAGCCGGUAGUUUACCACAACGAGAACGAUGAUAACCAAACCGAACGACAUAUAAACUUUGCCGAACGGCGUAAACUAUUCGACAAGGGCGAGUUCACCAUAUGCAAAGGGCGGAAGCUCAGCGAUGAUUUUCACCCUUUGCAUUUGGAUGAAAACGACCUUCACUUCGAAGCGAUAUACUCCAAGAGCAUGGAGCGCAGAAGCAUCGAUACUCGAAAUUUCAACGAACUGGAGGCCUAUUGCCGGGACAACAACCUCAAGAUACUCAGUGGAGCAGCUCCCAACUAGAUUCUAUAUAAUUUCUGUAACUGUGUAAAAUAAAAAACUAGGAGCUGGAACAAAAUGCA